AUGGACGGGGUUACAUCAAGAGCACAUAGAAGCAGUGCAAGAAAGGGUGGAAGAAGUAGUCGCUCAAAAAGCCGUACUGCAGACCAACAAGCAAUUGAAGAACGAGUGGAAGAAACUGAUAAUCUGGCAGAAGCAAGCUCAAGGAAGGUGUCGGAAUCCUCAUCGCCACCAGCAAAGGCUUCCAAAAAGACCAGACAGAGCAAGAAAAGCCCUCUGACCGAGGUUCAACAGUCAGCAAAGGAUGCAUCGGGACUAACAUCAGCAGGCAAAAUGGCAAAAAGCAAUCGAAAGCGCUCACUGAGUAAAGAGGGAGACGAUGCUCCACCAAAGUCAUCUGUGAACAAGAAACAAAAGCGUUCAAAAGCAGUAAUUAGCGAUGACGAUACCAGUGCGCCUGCAAACGUUGAUGAUAAAAAGCGAACCCGCCGCAUAUAUUCUCCGCAAAAGCAAGACAAGCAUUCUGGACGAAAGUCUGGCCAUGCACAUAGCAAAAGCCCUCUGAAAGAGCAAGAUGAUCGUCAGAUUCCAGCACCUAAAGACACAGCGGAAUCGUCCGAAUUGUUGUUCAAGCUUGAGGCUGCAGAAGCAGAGCGGGCGGCUUUACAAGCCAAACUGGAGUUACAAGAAGCAAAGCUUUCCGCUCAGAGUGAUACAAUCUCACAGCUUCAUUCGCAAUGCGCUUGUACGGUUUGUUUGGAACUCGCAUACAGACCACAUGUACUUUCCCCCUGUGGUCACGUAUUUUGUGCUCGUUGUCUUGUGUUGUGGUUCAAAAAGGCAUUGCCAGAUGAGCCACCAUUUGCUCCAUAUCUGACAGAAGAGCAAAGGACAGAGGAACAACAACGUCGGACAUUACGACGUAAAAAGCUUUGUCCGCAUUGUCGUGUAAGAGUUCAAGCCAGACCAGCAGAAGUUUGGAUGAUCAAAGGUUUGGUGGACAAGCUUGAUGAAAGUAUACGAUCAGGUCAAGGCAAUGAUAAGGACACAGACAUUUCAAAUAGCACCUCUUCUACAGACGCAGAAGCAAAGGAAGCUCGAGGUGAAAACCUGAAAGCAGGUACGGCACUUUGGGACACAAUUUUUCCACACAAUGAUAAGCCAUAUCAGCAUCCUAUCUUCGAUGAAGACGAUCGCGUUUAUCGAUGCGGAUUGUGUGCUAGCGAGAUCGUAAAUCGAGCUUGCACAAAUCCAUAUUGUGCGAUCGAAUAUAGCGAAAAUGAGUUAGACGAAUACGACGAUGAAGACGAUUCAGAAUUUGACAUUCAUGACAUGAUCUAUGGAGGAGAAUUUGGCGUAAGCGAGGACGAAGAUUGGGAAGAUGAAGAUAACGAUUUCAUCGAUGACGGACCUGUCGAGAUCAAUGAUGAUAGUGAAGAUGAAGUUGAAUUCGACCAUCAUCUGCACCAUGGCGCUCAUGAUCACGACAAUGGCGAUGUUCAACUUGUCGCCAUCAAUAGCCGGAAUGUACCUCCGGUAAGAAGACGACGCGGUCGUGUGAUCGCACUCUCUGAUUCGGAGGAAGAUCAAGGCGAUCGUAGAGCGCGUUCUCCUUCUAACGAGAAUUUUUCCGAUCGUGACGAAGAAAUGAUGGCAGGAGCCGGGCAUCACGAUGAUGACGAGGAAAGCGAAGGGGGAACGGAAAACUCUUAUUCGGAGGAAGAAGGCACUUAUGCGAGCAAUCCGGAUGAUGGAGCUUCACAAGAUUUUGACGAAGGAUUCGACGAUAGAGACCCAGACGACUUCGAUGAAGAUGGAGCGGAUGAUCUCGAUCUUGAUUGA